UCCUCGCCGGCCGGAAGUUGAGGAACUGAAUGGGUCCUGGAGCCGGUGGCUGCUGCUCCUCUGUCUCUCCCUGACGCUUAGCGGCCGUUCAGCCGCAGGUCUCGUCAGCCGCUAGGCCACCAGGUUCAUGUGGAGGCUCCCAGGCGCCCGCGCCGCGCUUCGUGGGGUCCGCACGGCGGUGGAGCGGCACAGUCGAGCUGAGGCGGCGACUGAGACCGCGGCAGGCGUGAUGGAGCGCGCUGUAGUGCGCUGUGUGCCCUCGGAGCCUAAGCUUAGCUUGUCCUUCGCUCUGGCCGACGGCAGCCACAAGAAUAUGCAGCGCGACCAGAGCGAGCCGCUGGGUCGGGCCCUCAGCCGGAUCGCUACUAAUGCUCUCAAAGGCCACGCUAAGGCGGCCGCGGCCAGGAAGAGCAGGAAGAACCGGCCAAACGCAGGCGGCGGUGGGGCCUGUGCGGGGUCUGGGCCCGAGCCGGCUGCAGCCUGCGAACCCGUAGUGAAGCUGUACUACCGGGAGGAGGCAGUGGCUGAAGACGUGCUCAAUGUGGACGCUUGGCAGGACGGUGCGGUGCUGCAGAUUGGCGAUGUCAAAUACAAGGUAGAGCGCAACCCGCCCUCCCUCACCGAGCUGCAGUUGCCGCGCUACAUCAUGGCCGGCUUCCCGGUGUGCCCCAAGCUCGGCCUCGAAUUUGGGGAUCCCGCCGGCUCCCUCUUCCGCUGGUACAAGGAAACCAAACCUAGAGUGGUGGAGCCUGAGGGCGGAGGCCCCUCGUCAUUGUCUCCCUCUUCACCUUCUCCUGGUUGGACCGAGACGGGUGUGAACGAGCGCGUCUACACCCCGUCCAAUGCUGACAUCGGGCUACGGCUCAAACUUCAUUGUACCCCAGGCAAUGGGCAGCGCUUCGGACCAAGCCGAGAAUUGGAAAGUGUGUGUUCGGUGGAGGCCGGGCCCGGCACGUGCACCUUUGACCACCGGCAUCUCUACACGAAGAAGGUGACUGACGACGCCCUCAUCCGCACAGUCUCCUACAACCUUCUGGCCGACACAUAUGCCCAGACUGAGUUCUCACGGACAGUCCUGUACCCGUACUGUGCCCCUUACGCCCUGGAACUCGACUACCGCCAGAACCUUAUCCAAAAGGAACUCACGGGCUACAACGCCGACCUCAUCUGUUUGCAGGAAGUUGACCGCGACGUGUUUACAGACAGCUUGGUGCCGGCCCUCGAGGCCUUUGGGCUGGAGGGCGUGUUUCGAAUCAAGCAGCACGAAGGCCUCGCUACUUUUUACCGAAAGUCCAAGUUCAGCCUCCUUAGCCAGCAUGACAUUGCUUUCCAUGAGGCCCUGCAGUCCGACCCACUUCACAAAGAACUGCUGGAGAAACUGGUUUUGUACCCAGCAGCGCAGGAAAAGGUGCUUCAGAGAUCUUCUGUCCUUCAGGUUUCUGUUCUUCAGUCUACAAAGGACUCCUCUAAAAAGAUAUGUGUUGCUAAUACCCAUCUCUAUUGGCACCCCAAAGGUGGGUACAUUCGUCUCAUUCAAAUGGCAGUAGCCUUGGCUCACAUUAGACAUGUCUCUUGUGAUUUGUAUCCUGUCAUACCAGUUGUAUUUUGUGGGGACUUUAAUAGUACCCCAUCAACAGGAAUGUAUCACUUUGUCAUCAAUGGCAGCAUUCCAGAGGAUCAUGAAGACUGGGCUUCAAAUGGGGAAGAAGAACGAUGCAACAUGUCUCUUACCCAUUUCUUCAAACUGAAAAGUGCUUGUGGUGAACCUGCUUAUACAAAUUAUGUUGGUGGUUUUCAUGGAUGUCUGGAUUACAUUUUCAUUGACUUAAAUACUUUAGAGGUUGAACAGGUGAUUCCAUUACCAAGUCAUGAAGAAGUUACUACCCACCAGGCCUUACCUAGUGUUUCCCAUCCUUCUGAUCAUAUAGCACUUGUGUGUGACUUAAAAUGGAAAUAGAUUUGUGUUUAAUGGAAUUUAAGACUGCUUUAGUAAGAAAUUUAAUAUGAAUCAAAGCUUAUGUGUAACCUUCAAAGAGGAAAACUAGACACUAAGGUAAAAUAUUCUUACAAUACUAA